CGGACGGUGGUAUUAUCAGGAUUGUUAAAUGACGGAUAAGGAUUGCGCUGCAGUGUUUUAUCAAACUAAAGGAUACCUCCCGCGCACUUUUACUCGAGCAGCGCGCCGUGAACAUGCCCCUUGCAGUUGACUUAUUGCACCCUUCUUUACGUGACGAAAAGCGGAAAUGUAAACUGAAGCGCUUGGUUCCAUCUCCUAACUCGUUUUUCAUGGAUGUCAAGUGCCCUGGUUGCCUGAAAAUACAGAUUGUUUUCAGCCAUGCUCAGAUACCCGUUGUCUGUCCUGGUUGCGACCGAAUACUCUGUCAACCGACCGGCGGCCGAACACGGUUAGCAAAUGGAUGCAGUUAUCGAAAAAAGACGCGAUAGGAUGUAUAGCGAAUCUUGUAAAGAUUAACUGCAUUAAAGAACUUUUGGAA